UUAAUAGACGAGGCAAGGACUGCGCGGGAGUUGAAGAAAAUAGCGAGGGAUAAAGAGAGAGAAGUGAGGGCCAAAGAACUCCAGUUAAGACGCGCCCAAAAAGCUCGCGAUCGCGCAGUCGCAACUUCAAAAAAAGCUCGCGAUAAGCAAAAUAUACCUAAACGAAAAGCUUCAUCGUCUCAAAAGUCAAAAAAGUCAAAGGGUGGUGGUGAUGCAGGCAGCCAAAGUGGUGGUGCGUCUGCAUCGUCGGCUGCGCAGCCCACCACCAAAACAACGAUGCGCGGCCGCAACAUCAAACUGCCAAAGAAAUUUGAGUAG